AUGCAGUUCAUGAUAAGCAAAGAGUCUAAAUUAGCAUUAGUCUUUGGUGUAUAUAAAUCCCUUUUUUCCUUUCUUAGUAUUUCUGCAUCGUUAAUUUUCUUUUCCUUUUUUCUUCUUCAUAACCAUCUAUCUUGCUUCUUUUUAUCAUUCGCAUCAAUCGAUCUAUUUGUGUUCUAUCCUUUCUCUUUUUCUACAGUCCAUCGGAUUCCAUUUGUACACGUCAUUUUGUUAAAUAAUAUCCUGAAUAUCUGUCAUAUAUCAUCUCUCCUGUCCUCUCCCCCCACUCCGUCUCCUCCUCUCCCCCAAUCUGUCUCCUCCUCUCCUCCACUCUGUCUCCUCCUCCCCAAACUGUCUCAUCCCUCACUCUGUCUCCCCCACUGUCUCCUCCCCCCCACUCUGUCUACUCCUCCCCCACUCUGUCUCCUCCUCUCCCCAAUCCGUCUCCCCACUCUGUCUACUCCUCAUCCACUCUGUCUCUGCCCUUACUGUCUCCCUCCCCCCACUGUGUCCUCCCCCACUGUAUCUCCUCCCCCACUCUGUCUCAUCCUCCCACUCUGUCUACACCCCCACUGUCUCCUCCUCCCUCCUCUGUCUCCUCCUCCCCCACUCUGUCUCAUCCCCCACUCUGUCUCCCCUCACUGUCUCCUCCCCCCACUGUCUCCUCCCCCACUGUGUCUCCUCCCCCCAUUCUGUCUCCUCCCCUCCAACUCUUUAAAAUCUUUACUCUUUAAUUUUUCGACAUCUUUCUCUGCUCUCGUAUUUUUCGUUUUUCCUCUAUUCUGUAAUCGUAUCACCUUUCGUCCAUUCUCGUUUCUUCCUCGUUAUUCUUGUCUGUUCUUCAUUCUGCUCUGA